GCCAGUGUGUUGUUUCUCCCUGCCACACGCAAGAUGGCGCCGGUGACACGCCGCUUCUUUGGGUCACCGCGGGGUCAGAGGGGGCGUGUCCGGCUCCCCUAGCAUGGCUCCACGGUACCGGCCUCUACACGCGGUGCUCCGGCUUCUGCCAUAUGAGUGUGGCGCCUCCCUGUGCCGAGGCUUCAGCGUCCAGGCUGUUCCCGCUGUCAGGAUGGAGUAUCAGGAUGCAAUACGUACGCUGAACACGCUGCAGACAAAUGCCAGUUACCUGGACCAAGUGAAGAAGCAGAGGAGUGAUCCUCAGGAACAGCUAGCUGCUAUGAGGGGCUUCUUGGAGAGGAGCGGCCUGGCGGUGGAAGACUUGGAUCAGCUAAAUAUAAUUCACGUGACUGGAACAAAGGGCAAGGGGUCCACGUGUGCCUUCACUGAGCAUAUUCUGCGGAACUGCGGCCUAAAGACUGGAUUCUACAGUUCUCCUCAUCUGGUACAAGUAAGAGAGAGAAUUCGGAUCAAUGGGCAGCCAAUCGGCAAGGAGCUGUUCAGCAAAUACUUCUGGCAAGUUUACAAUCGCCUGGAAGAGACCAAGAAUGAUGACUUGUGCUCCAUGCCCGCUUACUUCCGCUUCCUGACCAUUAUGGCGUUCCAUGUGUUCCUUCAGGAGAAGGUAGAUCUGGCUGUACUGGAGGUGGGAAUUGGGGGAGCGUAUGACUGCACGAACAUCAUCAGGAAACCCAUUGUUUGUGGAAUCUCCUCACUUGGCAUCGACCACACAGCCAUCCUGGGAGACACUAUUGAGAAGAUUGCCUGGCAGAAAGGGGGCAUAUUUAAGUCAGGUGUUCCAGCGUUUACUGUCCCUCAGCCUGCCAGCCCUCUACAGGUACUGAAAAAUCGAGCCCAGGAGAUUGGGUGUCCUUUAUAUGUUUGUGCUGAAAUGGAGGAGUAUGAGGAAGAGGGGAAGUCUCUGCAUCUGGGUCUUGCCGGAGAUCAUCAGAAAUCCAAUGCAUCCCUGGCAUUGCAGUUGGCACAGAUGUGGCUUCAGCAAAGACGGUGCCAAGGGUUUGGAGAGCCAAAAAUUCCCAUUCAGAAGCUUCCUUUAGUAAAGUGGCCUCUUCCCUUGGCAUCAGCUUUCCGUCCCAGUCUUCCAAUGGUUAAAGGUCUACAGGACACAAUAUGGUUGGGGCGCACACAGGUACUGCAGCGUGGUCCUAUAUCUUAUUACAUUGAUGGAGCGCACACUAACAGCAGCGUGAAGGCCUGCGUCAGAUGGUUCCAGCAGGUGGCACUCAAUGAGGAGAAAGCUGGAACGGGGUCCGUGGUGCGAGUUCUGCUAUUUAAUGCGACGGGUGAGCGAGACACGGCCGCCUUGUUAAAACUUCUUCAGCCCUGCCACUUUGACUACGCCAUCUUCUGCCCGAACAUCAGUGAGGUGUCCGGAGUGGGGAUCGCAGAUCAGCAGAAUUACAAUGUGACUCUGGAGAAUGUUCUGACCCGAUGUCUAGAGAACCAGAAGAAGUGGAACAUGUUAAUGGAGGAGAGAAGCUGUUCUGAUCCCUGGGCUUCCCCACUGCCUGUUGACACCCUUAUUAAGGACAGCCCCUGCAAUUCUCCCCUGCUCCUCUCCCCUUCUUCAGAUCGUCUCUUAAACUGUAACUCGCUGGUGUUCCCCUGUAUCUCUCACGCCCUGCAGUGGGCCACGCAGGGGCGAGACCCCAACUUCCAUUGUCUGGACAAUAAUCUGUUCCACCAUCACCCAGUAGCCAGCUCUGGCUCUGUACUGCUAAGAGAAGCGGCCCACAUCCAGAUCCUCAUAACCGGGAGCCUUCACCUGGUGGGAGGAGCUCUGAAGCUGAUCGACCAAUCCCUUGCUCAGUGACCAGGGAUUAUCCCGUCUCGACACCUUAUUGUUUACUUGAAUGGCGGACCUGCCCUUGCUGCCUGAUAUUAGUUACCCUCCUAGCUGCCAGAGACCUCCUCUCACAAUAAUCUCUUGAAAGCAUUCUGUAAUAGCCUGGCAAGUGCUGGGAUCAUUGAUGCUCAUUACCUCUGGACCAUGCUCUUUUGUGAAGGGCUGCCUUUUUUAAAGAAUAAUCUAUACCAGACCUCUGUAGCAGAUGAUGAAAUUCCUGGUGCCCUCUCUGUACAUAGGUGGGAUACAUUUUGGAUAACUGCCUUGUAUAUUUUUUAUUUCAUUCGUGCAGAAAAAUAUUUAUUAACA